UAGGUUUUAUUACCAAGUCAUGCCAUUCCCAUUUUCUAAUAAGACUUUGUUUCUUUUUUUAUUUUUGGAUUAUGACGUUUGUGUCUUGUGAAUACUAUACUGAGCAAGCGAUAACAUUGCUGGGAGAUCUUGUGGGUCAGGUCACUGAAGUUGUCUUUGAUCCUGAUAAGCCUCAGAAUAAAGAUUUUGUGCGUGUAAUGGUUAAGUUUGAUGUGUCGAAGCCUUUGAGAAAAUCAAAACUGGUAAAUUUGCCUAAAGGUCUCUCGGAUUCUGUUUACUACUUCUAUGAGAGGGUUCAAAAAAGGUGUUACCGUUGUCAACGGCUCACCCAUGAGCAAGAGGACUGCCCGCUCAAGAUUAUUGAUAGGAAGAUGGGUAAGAAGGUGGAAAAAGCAAAGCCUCCUUUGGUGUUAAAAGAAGGAGAUCCUUUAUUUGGAGUUCUAAAUGAAGACCAAGUUGGGAUACAUCCUCUGUUGGGGAGACCUCGUAUUGCUCCGGAUGUCCUUGAAGGAAUGAGGCAGUAUCUAUUAGUGAUAAGUGGAGAAGAGCGCAAAAUCAGAGAGUGUAGGGUUAAAUCGUCUGUGGCUGAUGCAGAGAAAGACCCUGUGGCUCAAAAGACUGUUUUGACGCUGGAACCGGCUCCAAUCAUCUCUGAGGAUUUUAAAAAUGGGAAAGAGAUUGUUUUUGGAUAUGAGUCUGCAGAAGGUUCUUCUAGAGAUGUCAGUCAACUUGGACAGCCUGCUGAUGUGAUGGAAGCUGUUGAUUCUGGUGUUAAGGUAAGGCCAUCUCCUUCCGCAAUGGAGACUGAUUGGAGGCAAGCACACAUAUCUUCCCUCACCCCCAUAUCGAAAGGGUAAACAUGUGUCUCUUUCCUCCACCCUAGGUUGAAAAGACAAGCAUGCGUAUCUUCCUCAUCACCUUCAAGUCGAAAAUCGAAACUUAAAGCUUAUGUAUACAAUGCAGUGCCAUCGCUUCUUGACAUUGUUAAUGAUAGUUUUGAAGCGAAUGAUAUGUCUGAUGAUGAAGAGACUAAUGGAUCUCUUCCCUCACCCUCGUGUCGAAUGGCGAAAUUGCAUCAGUGUAUUUCUCCUUUUAGUUUUUAUAUGUGUUUUUGGUCAAAUCGUGAGAAUUAUAGUUAUACUAUGAGUAGCUAAUAUGCCAAAUAUUGUGUUUUAAAAAACA